UAUAAAGCGAUUCGAAGUGCAGAGAGUGACUUUACACCAAGUACCAAGCAGCGAAAGGAAAGGAGCUGCCAGGUUUACAAUCUUCUACUCAAAAGGAACGUUUGAAAGAUCAACGACUGUUCUAUGAUGGCGUCGUAUACCAUGGCAAGCAUUGGACUGGUUAUCUUCGGCUUGUGUGUGCUGUUGGUACCCAUUGCUUCAUCUAAAAGGUGUACUUAUGACUGCGAAUGGGAAGAUGAGGAACUCACGCUUUGCGAUGACCGCUUCGUGUACAUAUUUUCCGGGAAAGUGGUUCGUGUCUUCGGCGGAGAGCGAAGAGGUUACGUGGACUAUGACGUUGAGAUGACCGAGAUUUUCCGCGGUGAAGGCAAUGAUGUGUUCGUUGGUUCGGUGGUCACUCUCCGCACGAUGUACGACAAACACAUCUGUCCCGUUCGGACCAUGAAAGAAGGCGAUUACUUUUAUUUCGCAGUGGGUCAACAGAGUCUGAAAUUCAACUACCGUAUCUUCUCCGAUAGCUGCAAUAGUUACAUCAUGAAGGCACAUGAAUUCACUGGAACCGUGUUUGCUGAUCUGCUCAAUGGCAAAUUCAAGGUGCCCUGCUACUCAUAAAAAUUAAGUACAGCCUGUAGAAGUUCAAACAAUGGAGGGCGCUAUAGUAUGAAGACCGUAUAGACCUUAUCGCAAAUAUUAUUUCAGUAAUGAGGUGCUAUUGGUAUAGAGAGAGAUACAGUUUGAUUGCUAGCUAGACCAGCAUGCACCCCAGUCAACAGUUAGCGUUUGCGAAAUAAAUAUUUACGAAAAGGUCUAUACUGCAACAACAUACCAUUUGCCUUGUCAAUAGCCUACGCAAGCCUGGCGAGUAUUGAAAAUGCAUAAUGCACUGGACACCUUCAGUAUUGUCAAACACUUUGUUUAUCAACAUAUUUGUAAAAUAACAAAUCUGUGAAAUGUUGACUCAAUUGAUCAUCGAAGUGGCAAAAGAAUGAUGAAUACAUUGGGAAAUUAUAGCUGUUUCUCAAACUAUUUUAGAGGGAGCCGUUUCUCUAUAAAAUCAAUAGCUCUUCAUUGCUCGUUUAAUACCAAGAAAGUUGUUGUGCUCACAAUAAAUUUGAGUAAUUACCAAUAGCGUCCAGUGCUUUUAAACAAAAUCCCAUUUGACAUGAACAAUACAAGGUUGCGAGUGCAUUCUUUUUAAUAUGCUAUUAAUCAUGUUGCGUUUAAUGUGAACUGAUAUAGGCAAGGCGAAUCAUCAGCCAACUAAAUCAGUUGAUUUCACUUUCUAAAUUUGAUGACAUUGUCUAGAAGGAGCUGAAUUGUGUUUACAUACUUGCAAAUUCUGGAGUUUACUCUUUUUUGUUACAAGAAGGCCUAUUUCUUCACCAACCUUUUUCAUCUUUGGUUCGGUAGAUACGUGUGUGUAGAUUUAACAGAUGAUUAUUAUUGUAUUGUGCUUAUAUACGUUCGAAAAUACUCUUAACAUGGAAAUUACAUCAUUAGUUAUUGUUGUAAUUUCGAGAAAAUUUGUCGAAUAGGAUUUGAUAUGAAGUAUCAUUUCAGUGACUUGUUUACAUUAUUGUCCGAAAAAAUAGAGAGAAAGAUGUCGCGAAGAAGAGCAAAUCGUGACGAUGUUAAGCUUGCCGUGUUAAAACUCACACGUUCAAACGAUGGUCGGUGACCAUUGCUUCGAAAUGAUACAGAAUUGCAUGUUUUCGUAAAAAUUCAUCAACACCAACACUGAACACUGUGAAUGAUAAGCUUUCACUCCAGGAAGUUAUUUUGUAUAGGAACUUUAAACUAAUUUGCUUUCAUGUCUGGAAAUGAUGUUAUCUACCUUUAAGAGUUAAAAAGUUAUUGCAUGACUUUGGGACAUUAUUUCUCGUGCAAGUUCAGACGGUGUGUUUGUAUUAACGAUGUGUACUAAAGAAAAGAAAUACAU